AUGAGAAUCUCCCACAAGCUUCAGCAGCGCCAGGAUCGCGAUGGCAGCGCCAAGGAGCCCACCUUCUCAUUUGAGUUUUUCGUUCCUAAGACCAGUCAAGGUGUGCAGAACCUGUAUGAUCGAAUGGACAGGAUGUACCAGACGCAUCCACAGUUCAUCGACAUUACGUGGAAUGCGGGUGGCCGUCUCUCGCAGCUUUCGACCGACCUAGUAGCCACGUCGCAAUCGGUUCUGGGACUGGAAACCUGCAUGCAUCUCACGUGCACCAAUAUGCCGGUAGAGUUGAUCGACGAAGCCCUUCAAAAAGCUUACGACUCUGGGUGUCAAAAUAUCUUGGCACUGAGAGGUGACCCACCUGUGAACACCAACAAAUGGACGGCCUGUGAGGGUGGCUUCAGCUAUGCACGGGAUCUCGUUCGUUACAUCCGGAAGAAGUACGGCGACCAUUUCGAUAUCGGUGUCGCAGCUUACCCGGAAGGUCACCCUGAGGAGACCGAUGGCCGUAGCUUGAUUGGAUUUUUGAAGGAAAAAAUUGAUGCUGGUGCCGAUUUCAUCAUCACUCAGAUGUUUUACGAUGGCGAUCUUUUCAUCGAUUGGUGUCGCGACGUUCGUGCUGCCGGGAUUAGCGUGCCUAUCAUCCCCGGUAUUAUGCCCAUCACGUCGUAUGCCAGCUUCAUGAGAAGAGUUAACUGGUGUCAAAUUCACGUUCCUGAAGAAUUUCUCACGAGGCUCGAACCCAUCAAAGAGAAUGAUCAACUCGUUCGUGAACAUGGCACAGAGCUUAUGGCCAAAAUGUGUCAAAAGCUGAUUGACAGCGGUUACGUCACGCACUUGCACAUGUAUACCAUGAAUUUGGAGAAGGCGUCUUUGAUGAUUCUCGACAAACUUGGACUUCUGCCAAAGGAGGCGGAAGAGGUCAAUUUGCCAAAUGUUCCACUUCCUUGGAGAAAGUCUUUGAAUCCCCAACGUCGGAACGAGUCUGUGCGUCCAAUUUUUUGGCAACGCAGACCUUACAGUUAUGUCGCUAGAACAUCUCAAUGGGCCGCUGACGAAUUCCCUAACGGUCGUUUUGGUGACUCUUCAUCUCCAGCUUUCGGCGAUCUGGAUUUGUGUGGUUCUGGUCUCAUUCGCCAAACGCCCACCCGGUCAUUGGAGUUGUGGUCAACACCAACCACUUUGCAAGACGUUGCCAAUUUGAUCAUUGCAUAUUUGGAAGGUAAACUCAAAUGUCUACCUUGGUCUGACACUCCUCUCAACCACGAAGUGGACUCUAUAUUGCAACCAUUGAUCGAAUUGAAUAAGAACUCUAUUGUGACCGUCAACUCUCAACCUCGUGUCAAUGGCGCUAGCUCCACCGACAGCGUUGUCGGAUGGGGUCCCAGCAACGGGUUCGUCUACCAAAAAGAAUACUUGGAGUUUUUAUUACCUAAGAGCAAGCUCAAGGAAUUUGUUCAAAACAUCGGGGACGACUCUCCGCUCACCUAUUUUGCGGUUGACGCCGCCGACGAGCUAUACUCAAAUCAUCCAGACGACACCGCGGCUAACGCGGUCACAUGGGGUAUAUUUCCCGGGAGGGAAGUUGAACAACCCACGAUCGUCGAAAAGGUGUCGUUCCUGGCUUGGAAAGAGGAGUUCUUCCACAUUCUAGACGAAUGGAAACUCAAUUUCCAAGAAAAUAACAAGUCCGACAGCGCAGAGCUUUUGCAAGACCUUAUCGAUAACUAUUUUCUGGUGAACAUUGUCGACAAUGAUUUUGUUUCUGGAAAAGAUCGUAUAUUUGAGCUUCUCAGAGGUCUUCACUAA